AUGUCUGAUAGCGAGUCAUUUUCCGAGCGCGAGCCCAAUGCGUUCGACGAGGAGUCAUCGGACGGUCUCUUUGACUCCGACGGUGAAGCGGCAGGGCCUGAUGCCGAGGGCGGGAGUGAUACCGACGUCGAGAUACUCGGCGAAGGGCCCAGCUUCAUUCCAACACACGGAGUCGGAAAGGGGCUAAUGACCGCUCCCGUCCCAUUGUCCAUCGUCUACAGUGACGGCCGCCACGUGGGCCUCGGUAUGCCCGGGGAGGCGAGCGGUAGCCGUCAAUCAGAGACCUCCACUUCCGGCCGUGGAGAGUUGGUAGCCAAUUCGCCAUCUGGGCCCAGGGUAUCGGUAGUGUACCCAAGUAACCCUAGGAUGCCUAUGGGGGUGCCGAAGGAAAAUCUAUUCGGCGUAGACUACCUUGGGCCGAACAAGAUUACCGAUAGGGAGAUUGCCAAAUUACGAGCAGAAUACCGUAUUCCGACUCGGUACGGAUGA